CACUGCUGUAGAUUACACACCGGCUAGGGAAGAGCAGGACGGACUGGAACGCCGCUCUCCGACAAACCUGACAAGUAGGGAAAUAGUUUCACACGGUGGCCGGUCGACGGCGAAGUUUACUGGGAGUUUGACUACACCCGGGAGCACCGUCGUGUCGGUGUGUUCCCCCCUGGGAGCCAGCGGAGGAGGUAGGUGAAGGUCUACUGAUGAAGACAUGGUAAUAAAUAUUUUUCUUUUGGGGUGAACAGCCUGGUGGAUAGUAAGAGGCAUCAUGGCAGAUCUGCCUAUUGCCCCGGGCCAGAUCUACAUCGAGGUAGAAUACGACUAUGAGUAUAAGUUUAAAGACCGGCUCAUUAAGAUCCAGCAGGGGGAAUGCUACAUGCUAGUCAAGAAAAGUAAUGAGGAUUGGUGGCAGGUGAAAAAAGAGGAGGCGUCUAAAGCUUUUUAUGUACCUGCUCAAUAUGUCCGAGAAGUCCGCAAAGCACUCAUGCCACCCCCUAAACCAAUCCUCCAUCUUCCGAGUGCUACUGGUAAUCCAUCUUCACAAAGUGCAGGUGCACGCUGGGUAAAACCAAACAAUCUGGAUCUGGGACUCAACAAUCAUCCCGCUGAGAACCUUCACAGAAAUGAGUCCAACUAUCAGCGCUCCCCUUCAGCACAAACUGGAAACACGGCUAAAUUCACUCCCCCGAUUCAGCGCAGGGACAAUAACCACCAUCAUGCCCCCACCUUUCCCACUGACCAUGACAAAGCUCUCGCUGAAGCUCUCCAUGGUGGUGUCCCACCACCCCCUUACAAAGGUGGGUCCAGCACCCUGCCGCGCAGUCGAGCCAGAUCCCCAGAACUGGUCAGAGCGCCACUGGACGUGGACACCACCCAGUACUGUGACUCUGCGGGUGAAGAUAGACGUACAAAUGACUCUGAGUCUGGAGACGAACUGAGCAGCUCUUCCACUGAACAUCUCCAGACUGUGUCUUCUGGCCAGGGCCGCCCCGAGUCACCAGUCUACAGCAACCUCCAGGAACUGAAGAUCACCCAGUCUACCCAGCCCCCUCUGCCCUCUGGCUCCCCGCUCCAUGUGGUUGGAGACUGGGAGACCCAUAAGGACCAGAAUGGUAGGCACUUCUACUACAAUCGCGCCACCCAGGAGAGGACCUGGAAGCCACCUCGAACCAGGGACAAUAGCACCAGAAACUUGCAAGGAGAGAGCCACAGCACCGGAGAGAGCUCAGAGACCACCCCUCUCUCGCUCUCGCCGUCUUUCCUCCCCUUUCUCUCGCUUUCUAUUGGUCGACUGCAGCCUCUGUCAUCGGAGGACACCUGCUUCAGUACCUACUCUACCUACUCUAGCCAGUCAGACAGCCAAUAUGGCUCGCCGCCACGUGGUUGGUCGGAGGAGAUGGACGAGUACGGUCACACGCUGUACGUCAGUGACUAUACUAAUGAGAAGUGGUUAAAGCACGUUGAUGACCAGGGAAGACCUUAUUACUACAGUGCAGACGGCUCCAGGUCAGAAUGGGAGCUGCCGAAGUACAACCACUCCCCUCCCCAACCCUCUGGGGAUGCUCCAAAGACCCGCAGUCUAGACAGAAGAAAUGUGGAGCCCAUCGUCCUGACCAAGUGGAGACAUAGCGCUUACGUCCAGGACCCAGCUGACAAGCGGCUGUUAAAAACCAGGCGUUUCCGAACAGGCUCUGCACGCCCACAUCCAUACAAACACCAAGAUGCUCCUUUGGGUCUCAAGCCCCCCUCUCCUGACUCUGACUCCUGCCCUUCGUCUCCCAAGCCCCCCGCCUCUCCAUCUGAAAAAUGUGGAAUUCUGAAUGUGACAAAGAUCACUGAAAAUGGCAAGAAAGUGCGGAAGAACUGGACUUCUUCCUGGACCGUCCUCCAAGGUUCAACGCUCCUGUUUGCCAAAGGACAGGGAGGUGGAACUAGCUGGUUUGGAGGCGGUCAGUCGAAACCAGAGUUCACAGUGGAUCUGAAGGGCGGCUCAGUGGAAUGGGCUUCCAAAGACAAGUCCAGCAAGAAGCACGUUAUAGAGCUGAAGACUCGUCAGGGAACAGACCUGCUGAUCCAGUCAGAAAACGACAGCAUCGUCAACGAUUGGUUCAAGGCGCUGCAGGACACCAUCAGCAACCAUGCCAGUGAGUCUGAUGACCCCAUAGAGGCGGACAUGCCCGAGUCGCCUGGUGCAGAGAAACAUGACAAAGAGAAAGACCGCAGAGACUCCAAGAAAGCCAAAGCCAUGAAGCCCUCAACCAGCAUGGACUCCGCCGAGCACAAGAAGACCAGGCACAAGCUGAAGAAGCUCCUGACCGGCCGUCCCACCCUUCAGACCGUCAAGGACAAGGGAUACAUUAAAGAUCAGGUGUUUGGCUGUGCUCUUUCCAGUUUGUGUCAAAGGGAGAACACCACGGUGCCGAACUUUGUCAAAAUGUGCAUUGACAAUGUGGAGAACAACGGUCUGUCGGUAGACGGGCUGUACAGAGUUAGCGGGAACCUGGCAGUCAUACAGAAACUCCGCUUUGCUGUCAAUCACGAUGAGAAGGUGAAUCUGUCAGACGGGAAGUGGGAGGACAUCCACGUGACCACAGGAGCCCUGAAGAUGUUCUUCAGAGAGCUGCCGGAGCCCCUCUUCACCUACAGUCUCUUCCACGACUUUGUCAGCGCCAUCAAAAUAUCUGACCACAAGCAUCGAGUUCAGUCGAUCAAAGAGCUGGUCAGACAGCUGCCCAAACCCAACCACGACACCAUGCAGGCUCUCUUCAAACACCUCAGGAAAGUGAUUGACUACGGCGAGGAGAACCGUAUGACGACCCAGAGCGUCGCCAUCGUAUUCGGCCCCACGCUGCUGCGGCCUGAAACGGAGACGCUGAACAUGGCGGUCCACAUGGUGUAUCAGAACCAGAUUGUAGAGCUUAUACUGCUAGAGUAUGAGAGCAUUUUUGGAAGGUAGAUGCCACAGGAUGAGCUUCUCUCUUUCUUUUUUUUUUUUCUUCUUUUCCUCUCCCAGUGCAGAGCUCUUCCUAACCUAGUGUGGCAGGCCUCGGGUCAACCCGGCCCAGCCUCGCCCUGCCCCGGUCUGGGCCAGCUUAUCCUGAACUCUUACCAACCUGGCUUCUCUGGUCGCUGACUUCUCCGAUCUUCAAAAUCUUAGACCAACAAAGCCAACCGAAAAUAUACAAUGAAAACAUCCAUAACUAUCGACCAAAAAGUUUGGACUCUUUGCACUUUUCAGUCUCGUUUUCUCCCGCAGCUGUAUUUGUGCCACUUUACUGCAAAGGUGGCGUCCUUCUGUCCUAUCACUGGAUUCCUAAAACUAUUAUUACUUACUAGGCCAAGCAAGCCUGAACUACUGCACAGACUGACUGAGGCCAAAGGAGCAGCAGCAGGUCCAGUAGGCUGUAUUUACAGAUGAGGCAGCAGUAUUGGGGGUUUAUGAUGCUGGAUGCAGCUUGUAUGUACUGUACUGUAAAUCUCAUUACUUGUAUAGUCACUCCUGUAAGAACCACACUGAGGAACCAACAGAAGGAAACCAAACUGUGGACUCUUUACCCUCGGACAGAAAAGGUGAAACAUGCUGACGCUGGAACAAGAAGAGGAGGGAAGAAUAUUUUUUGUUGUUGUUGUUUUUUUUAUUUUGUUUGUUUAGUUUUUCUUUUUUUACAUUUAGUUUAAAUGGAUCGUUCCCCCUCUCUUUGAAUCUGCUUCUCUGUAUUUUCUUGCUGAGAAACAGGACCAAGGUCCUCUGAACACAAAAAGGUUAUCGCCUCCGGUAUUGCAUCUGCACGCCACCUUCUUAGUUUUUAGAAUAAAUCAUCUAACAGUGGGCAGAACAUCAUCUUGGGGGGGACAAAACAAAUUAACGAUAUUGUACAGUGUUUGUGCGUGUGCAUGUGAAUGGGGAGGGUGGAUGGAUUCAUGAAUGAAUGAAUUAAAUAGCAAUAUAUUGUAAAAAUAGUAAAUAUAAGUACGCCUGGAGUGUUAAAAAUAUAUAUGAUGCAAGGGAGAAAUCACUAUUGUGUGAUCAUUGUGUAACCAACAGACCUGAGAAAUAAAAUUAUGAACUGGGAUGUGGAGGUUUACCUUUGAGUCAGUACUGUUGGCGUCUAACUGAAUUAAAGACCUCAAAUAAGA